AUGAGAUUGAGUCCUGCUGAGUCCAGUCUAGCGCUUGAGUCUGUGAAUGCCGUAGACAGUAGUGCUGGGCGUUACGGUGGACACAUUGGUUUUCUCAUUGACCUCCUGCCUACUCAGCCAACACUUCUCGAUCGCUCAGUGUCUGAAUUCGUAUUUACUGUUUUCCGACAUCCUGAGAGCUUUUCCGUUACCGUCACCACUGAUGAUGCUGAAGAUAAUGGCGUGUUGGGAGGCGCCGAUUCAGAUUAG